CGCGGGACGCGGAGGAGUGGCCUGACUUUCCCCUUUAAACCAUCACGAGCCAUGGAAGCGCAAAGGCGACGCGCCCCCCAGUAGGAGAAUGACUGCGGUUCGAGACCCUCCGUGCCAGAGCAUGUGGAUGUAAGUGCGAGGCUAGCGAGCAGAGUGUGGGUGGGGGUUGGCGGUGGGGGUAGAUUCUGAUGCAAUCGGCCCGGAAAGGAGGAGGAGAGCCAGAGAGCGCGGGCUCGGGUGGCCACGCCGCUCUGCCUGAAGGUCGCUGGGAACCUCCGCCCUUCACCUUCCUCGGAAAUCCGCCACCGCGCGCGAACCCUCCCCGCCCAGCCCUCGCUGACGGAGGCCACCUUUUCCCCGCGGAGGCAGCCAGACCGUGACACAAAGGACAUCACACGGCCGGGGGGGGGACCCCGGAAGGGCGGACACCUGGUCUCCUUUUGCCACUUUUCCCUUUAUUGCCCAAGGGGUGUCAAGCUUAUAUUUUUGCUGCUAUCCAUUUGUAAUACACUCAGAGCAGAAUUUGGACUAAUUUUUUGACUACGGAUACUUUGUAAACAUGAUGCAUUUCAAAAGUGGACUUGAAUUAACAGAGUUGCAGAACAUGACAGUGCCAGAGGAUGAUAACAUUAGCAACGAUUCCAAUGAUUUCACUGAAGUAGAAAAUGGUCAAAUAAAUAGCAAAUUUAUUUCUGAUCGCGAGAGUAGAAGAAGUCUCACUAACAGCCAUUUGGAAAAAAAGAAAUGUGAUGAAUAUAUUCCAGGAACAACCUCCUUAGGCAUGUCUGUUUUUAACCUAAGCAACGCCAUUAUGGGCAGUGGGAUUUUGGGACUGGCCUUUGCCCUGGCAAACACCGGAAUUCUACUUUUUCUGAUACUUUUGACCUCUGUGACACUGCUAUCUAUAUAUUCAAUAAACCUUCUUUUGAUCUGUUCAAAGGAAACAGGCUGCAUGGUUUAUGAAAAGCUGGGAGAACAGGUCUUUGGCACCACAGGGAAGCUCGUAAUCUUCGGAGCCACCUCUCUACAGAACACUGGAGCAAUGCUGAGCUACCUCUUCAUAGUAAAAAAUGAACUACCCUCCGCCAUAAAGUUUCUCAUGGGAAAGGAAGAGGCAUUUUCAGCCUGGUAUGUGGAUGGCCGAGUUCUGGUGGUGGUAGUUACUUUUGGCAUAAUCCUCCCUCUGUGUCUCUUGAAGAACUUAGGGUAUCUUGGCUAUACUAGCGGGUUUUCUUUGAGCUGUAUGGUUUUUUUCCUGAUAGUGGUUAUCUACAAGAAAUUUCAGAUUCCCUGCGGUGUUCUGGAGCUAAAUUCAACAAUAAGUGCUAAUUUAACGAACCCUGACAUGUGUACGCCAAAAUACGUCACCUUCAAUUCAAAGACCGUGUACGCUUUACCAACCAUUGCGUUUGCUUUUGUCUGCCACCCGUCAGUCCUGCCAAUUUACAGUGAGCUUAAAGAUCGAUCACAGAAAAAGAUGCAGAUGGUUUCCAAUAUCUCCUUUUUCGCCAUGUUUGUUAUGUACUUCUUGACUGCCAUUUUUGGCUACUUGACAUUCUAUGAAAAGGUGCAGUCAGACCUCCUUCACAAGUACCAGAGUAAAAAUGACAUUCUCAUCCUGACGGUGCGGCUGGCUGUGAUUGUUGCUGUCAUCCUCACGGUGCCCGUGUUAUUCUUCACGGUUCGUUCAUCUUUAUUUGAACUAGCUAAGAAAACAAAGUUUAAUUUAUGUCGUCAUAUCUUGGUUACCUUCAUACUCUUGGUUAUUAUCAACUUGUUGGUGAUAUUCAUACCCUCCAUGAAGGACAUUUUUGGGGUCGUAGGAGUCACAUCUGCUAAUAUGCUUAUUUUCAUUCUUCCUUCAUCUCUUUAUUUAAAAAUCACAAGCCAGGAUGGAGAUAAAGGAACUCAAAGAAUUUGGGCCGCCCUUUUCUUGGUCCUGGGGGUGUUGUUCUCCCUGGUCAGCAUUCCCUUGGUCAUCUACGACUGGGCCUGCUCAUCAAGUAGUGACAAAGGCCACUGAGACCAGCUGAGGACAGGAAACGUUCCGGCCCGCAGCUCGGUCACAUCACCACACAUCAGCAAUCUCUCAUCACUUCUUUCGCAAGUUUACAGAAGCAAAACAGAAAUUCACAAGAUACUUAAAAUGGAAUAACACUUCGGUAGCAAAACAGAAACCUGUUUCUAUAAUGGUUCCUGUCCCCCUAAAAGUUGGGAUCAAUUUAAGGAUUGUGGUUUUUUUUUUUUUUUUAAGUUUCAUGCAAUUGUAUUUCUCAGUACUCUUCACAGUCAGUUAUUUUUCACUGUCCUAACUCUAUUUUUUGUGACUUCAUGGUCCCUUAGAAUUUUGAAAACAUAAUCAUUGAUCAUGUUUAUUUAUUAUGCGUCCAAGGUUCUGAAAUAAUUUUCCUGCCGAUGUUACGCUCAUGCCAUUGGUACCUUUUUAGAAGAGAAAAGAAUCUCGAAUUGUAUAUAGUUAUUUUGCUUUACAGAAAAAGAAAAUGGUUUCAUAAAUAUUUUGCCUACUUUGGUUAACAUAGCACACAGGGAUAAUCAUGAGAGAAUGACGGGGUGAGUGCCGUUGGGGGAUCAGAGCCUACCCAACAUUUGAGGUGGCCCUGAUCAACCUGGCAGCCAGGCUCUGGUGGCCCAAUGGCCUCACUGGUACUACAUCCUGCUUCAGUCAGAGACCUUCUCCAAUGAGUGUUCUUUGCUGGAAAGGGGGUGAGAAUGAUUUCUUACCUUGGUAAACAUCUUAAACUACACAUUUGGGUUAUCUAGCAAAUGAAGUUUUGUUUCCCUCUUGGUCAGUUGUGUCAAAGUUACUCUAAUCUGAGUCACCUUCCACUGAGGGAGACCCAUGACACCUUUGUAAUAAAUCGAGAAGCACGAGUAUUGCAAAAAGAGCAUACAAAAUGCCUAAGAAAAUAUUCCUGUGAUGCAAAUAGCCUUCAACCCUACAUCUUUAGUGUUGAAGGGAGAAAAAACACUUUCUUAAAUUAUAAACCCAGCAGCUUUUACUCAUGUCCACCAGCUUUUUGCACAGGGAAUAAUGUGUAUCUAACCAAGGAUGAUCUAGGAUAAGUAAUUCCUGUUUUAUAUUGGGUACUUUAGGGGGUCUUUAAAAGACUUGUUUUAUAUCUAUAAAUUUAGGUUAUUACAAAUACAAGAUUUUUGUACCUUAAAUAAGCCUCAUUCCUAUUUCUUCUCCAUUAACAAUCCACUCAGAGUCUUG